AUGUACAGAAGAGAACAAAGUAGCUCCCUCUUUUUAGGAGGUGAACGUACUACCGGUCAAGAUGUCCGUUCUAGUAAUGUCCUUGCUGCUGCCUCAAUUGCAAACAUUGUUAAAAGCUCAUUGGGUCCCGUUGGUUUAGAUAAAAUGUUGGUCGAUGAAAUUGGUGAUGUUACUAUUACUAAUGAUGGCGCUACUAUUCUUCAAUUACUUGAAGUUGAGCAUCCUGCUGGUAAAGUUUUAGUCGAACUUGCUCAACAACAAGAUCGUGAAGUGGGUGAUGGUACUACAUCUGUCGUCAUCAUUGCUGCUGAACUUUUAAAACGUGCUAAUGAGCUCGUUAAGAAUAAGAUUCAUCCUACAACUAUUAUUACUGGUUUCCGUUUAGCUUCUAAGGAGGCUUGUCGUUUCAUUGCUAAUGAGAUGUCUAUCAAAGUAGAUACUCUUGGUAAAGAAUGUCUUAUCAAUGCAGCAAAGACUUCUAUGAGUUCAAAAAUUAUUGGAUCAGAUUCCAAGUUCUUUGCCAACCUUGCUGUUGAAGCCAUGUUAGCGGUGAAAACAACAAAUAUUCGUGGAGAAACUAAAUAUCCUGUUAAAGCAGUUAACAUCCUUAAGGCUCACGGUAAAUCUGGCCUUGAGUCACAAUUUGUUCGUGGUUAUGCUCUCAAUUGUACAGUUGCUUCACAGGCUAUGAAGAAACAAAUUAAGAAUGCAAAGAUUGCUUGUUUGGAUAUGAAUUUACAAAAGGCUAGAAUGCAUCUUGGUGUUAACAUUGUUAUUGAUGACCCUGAUAAAUUAGAAGAUAUUCGUAAAAGAGAAAUUGAAAUUACAACAGAACGCAUUCAGAAAAUUUUGGAUACGGGCGCUAAUGUCAUUCUAACAACAAAGGGUAUUGAUGAUUUGUGUCUUAAACUUUUUGUUGAAGCAGGCGCUAUGGCAGUUCGUCGUUGUAAGAAAGAAGAUUUGAAACGUAUUGCAAAGGCUACUGGCGCUACCUUGGUUUCUUCUUUGGCCAAUUUAGAAGGUGAAGAAACAUUUGAAGCAAGUUAUCUUGGUCAAGCUGAAGAAGCUGUUCAGGAACGUAUUUCUGAUGACGAAUGUAUUUUGAUCAAGGGUACAAAGAUUCAAAAUUCUGCAUCUAUUAUUUUACGUGGUGCUAAUGAUUAUAUGUUGGAUGAAAUGGAGAGAUCACUUCAUGAUUCUCUUUGCGUUGUUAAGAGAACAUUAGAAAGUAACAGUGUUGUGCCUGGUGGUGGUGCUGUUGAGUCUGCUUUAAGCAUAUACCUUGAAAAUUUUGCUACUAGCUUAGGCUCUCGUGAACAACUUGCUAUUGCUGAAUUUGCUAAUGCUUUGCUUGUUAUUCCUAAAACACUUGCUGUUAAUGCUGCAAAGGAUUCCACAGAAUUAGUCGCUAAACUUCGUGCUUAUCAUAAUACAGCUUUAAAUGCAGCCAUAACAGAUGAACGUAAACGUGCACUUAAAUGGUACGGUCUUGAAUUAAUUAAUGGUGCCGUUCGUGAUAAUGUUAAAAAUGGUGUUUUAGAACCAACAAUGUCAAAGAUCAAAUCACUAAAGAGCGCCACUGAGGCUGCUAUUGCUAUUUUAAGAAUUGAUGACUUUAUUAAGGUUGCACCUGAACAAAGAGAAAAUCCUGGAGACGAUGGACAUGGCCAUUAA